AUGGGAGGACUUGCGGACAGAGAACGGGGCGAGGGCGACGAUCAGACAGACGGAGAUUCUGCUCGGCCUGUUGCUCCUUCGCUGGGAUUCCAGGGCGGCGCACUCGGCGUCUCCGCCGGUGGAGAUAAGGUCCCUUCGGCGCCUUCGCGGCGCCCCAGCAGCCCCCAAGGGCCGUGUGCGUCUCCGUCGCUCUACCAGUCCGCUCCAUCCUUCUUUCCUGCCUCUUCUUUUCCGGAAUCUGCCGCUGACGACCCGUUUGACUCUGCCUCCCCUUCAUGUGGCUCCCCGCAGGCCAGUCUGCGGUCCCCCUUCUCCUCGACAGCUCCUGGGUCGCGCACAUCUCGCCCGAUUUCGUCUCAGGCGUCGACUGUUGCGUUACCUCACUGCUUGUCGCCCUCAUCGUCCCCGCAGAAGCCCCCCGAGGGAGCCCGGGGUGGCGCAGUCCCUGGCUUUCUCGUCGAGGCGACGGGCUACAGAUAUUUGCUCGGGGGCAUUCUGGUUUACCACGACGAGUGUGAGACAGUUCCUCGCCAGCCUAAGCAUGGCUCUGCGCCUGAAGUUGUCACCCCGCCCCUGCCGGCCGCGGCCCGGCAUGUCUCCCAGCGUGGCGUGCCAUUCCAUGCGCGUUCGUCUCCUCCGGCGCAGCUCACGUGCCACGAAAGCAGCGCGGGUUCAGUUCCUUCAGCAGGAGCUGGCGCCCGUCUCGCGACGAGCGAGAAACAGGACGAAUGCCCUCCGUCGCGGUUGAGGGGCGCAGGAUGGGGGCGGCCAGGUGGCGGCUGCUGCUGCUGCCGCGGCUGUCUCUGGGGGGCGUCAAGGAACGGCUCCCGUUCGGCAGGGCGUCACCCCGCGGCACUUGACCUCUCUUUGCCGGCUUCGGGCUCGCCAUGGCCACGCGUGGCUGGGAUCGGAGACGCGUCGCCGUCCCCUGAACGGGCCGCAGUCUCUCCGCACGCUGGUGGGGCGAUUGCCCCGGUCAAGGCUCCCGAUAGGGAGACUGCUGGUGCACCACGAGGCGACGGAGGAGACGCUCUGGAACCCUCGGGUACUCUGUCUAGCGUCGUCGAUGAGGGUCGAGAGCACGAUCUACCGAGACGCCCCAGCGGUCCGGACGCCCCUGAGGCGGACCCGCCAGCCAUCGCGACGGAUGGACUGCCCCUUCACGGUUCACCUGGCUUUCACUUCUCCCGGAAGAGGGCGAGAUCGCCCUCCUCCUGCCUCUGCUGUGCCAACGCAGCACUCUUCGCCUCCCGCUACGGACGGCAGGCGCCCUCUGUCCCUUGGGGCCUGGCGGCGGCGCUGUCGCGGACCGGGGCCAUGGGCUCCAGUGCAGACUCGAAACGUUCGCACAGGGCUGCUGAGCCCGCCCCGCCCAAAGCACGGAGCGCGAGGCCAGGAUGGAGCUGCUGCGUCUGCUGCUACGCCGGCAGCGCCACACGCGACUACCUAAACGUUCUGCCUGCGUACGCGCGGCCGCAGACCCUGGACGAGCUUCCGCUGAGUCUGCCCCGGCACGCAGAACCGUGGCGAGCGUCUCACGUCCUCCAGCUGGACUACGCGUGCGCUGGCAGGGUUCACACCAGCGCACCGCUGACAGGGGUGCCUACACCUCCAGAGACGAGAAGCAGGGACGUGGUGAGUGCAACCGAAAAGCCUACCAUCUCGUGCUCGUCAGAGCCGCCGCGCCGGCCGUCUCGCCUCCACAGCUCACGCAGAGGAGAUGAGCGGGGGGGGGGGGGGUGGGAGGGGGCAGGGGCGGGAGAAGGGGUGCGGCACAUCAGAGACAGGCCCUCUGUCUGGGAACAGGACACGCCUUCUUCGGUCUUUGGGAUCCCGUAUCGGGCGCGCUGCUGCAUGUCUGAGCUGCUCGGGAGGCAGGGUAAGGUGGUGACAGUGCCGCCGGAUGCCCUCGUGUUUGAUUCGCGGUUCGAGAGCGGGAACCUGAAGCUCGCCGUGCAGAACGCACAUCAGAAGGCGGAGUACCUGCUGCUGCUCAGACCGGAUGCGAACGCAGGAGCUGUGAAGACCUCUUGGUUUUUCUUCUCGGUCUCGAUGCAGGCGCACCACAACGCCGCCCUCCCCUUCACAGCCACCUUUAAAAUCGCGAACCUCGUCAAGUCGGACUCGCUCUUCGCGCACGGGAUGCGUCCGCUGACGUUCUCCGUCGCCGAGCAGCGAGACAACGGCGCAGCGGUCUGGAGGCGGCUAGGGGAGAACGUAAAGUACUAUCGCAACUGGUACCUGAAAGGCACCGACAUCGCUGGGGCCGGAAUCCGCUCGUCGCUCUCGGCGGCGGUUCCCUUUGCGUCUUAUCUCCAGUGUGCGGGGGCACCGCCUGCGCUGACUGCGUCUACGGGACGACGUGGAAGCCCGUCGCCUGGCUCCCUCGCUCCUGGCGUCGGCGCGGGCCUUCUCCAGCGUUCGGGCUCGGUCGGAGUCGGAGUCGCUCCGUCGACUCCGACUCCGGAAGCAGGAGGCCCCGGAGCAGGCCGAGGCCCAUCCGAGACAGGAGCAGCCACUCACGGCGGUGCGGGCACCAGAUUCAGCACGCUGGAGUUCACGUUCACCUUCAAACGCCCAAACGACACGGUGUACUUCGCCUCGGGUUGUCUGUACACCUACUCGCAUCUCCUCGACGUCCUUCAGUGCAUCCAAAGCCAGCCGGCCGCGGCGCGGGACGCGCUCUGCACGACGCCGGGCGGUCUCACGUGCCCCGUUCUCUGCAUCACGAAUCCCCUUCCAGAUUCCCUCUCGGGAUCGAGUAUUCGCUUCUCGCCUCCGGCGCCGUCCCUUGGGCGGCGGCGCGACGGUCGGCUGAGUCCCUCUCGACUUUGGCGCGCUGCUUCAGAGUGCGGGCCGGGACGCUCUGGUGCGCAGACGAGUGCAGCUGCCACGCGACAGCGCCCGCCGGGGCGUCAGCGGUGGCGCGCGCUCGACGGAGACCCUCGGUCGCUUUGCUUCGAUGGCCGCAAACAGGGCUUGGACUAUCACGUCGCGGCUUCGCUGCUUCAUCGGGGGUGCUCCCCGCGGGCGCGGCGGUCGCGUGCGUCGUUGUCUGUGCGCGCGGAAGACCCCGUUGAAGCGGCGCCGCGCAGAGGCACAGCGGAUGGAGUUGAGCAGGCCAACACGUGCCCAUUCCUACACCUGCAGGCACACGGAGAUGUAGACGGCAGCGAGCCCCGGCUCGCUCUCGCUACGCCUGCGCCGGACAGCCGUCGGUCGCUCUUGGACGCGCUGUCUCCUUCGCCGCCCGCAGACUACCCAUGGGAGCGCGCGCGCGAGGCGCCGCUUUCGCCUCGCUCCGCUCUGUCCUCUCCUCUCGGGCGCCCCCUGAAACUCAGUGAAAGAUGCUCUCUCUGUUCUCUGCGGUUCGACGCCGCCCCAUCGGAGGCGGGCUGCGCUGGCCAAGCGUCUCGAAGGGGAGGCGACAGGAGAGCCGGGGCGACGGGGGAGCCUGGAGCCCAACUGCAGUGGGAAAGGCCCAGUCCGACGGGUCUCGGGUCGCGAGCAACGGAGAGGGAUGCGAGCGAGCCGGAGGCGAAUUGGAGCCCGUCAGCCUCGGAGGCGCGCGGGUGUGGAUGCGCGGGCGGGACGGCGCUAGAGCGUGAAUCCACAGCCGAGGACGCAGAAGAGGCAGAGGCCGCGGGAGGGGAUCAGGAGGCACCGACCGGGGGUAUUUGUCUUGGGUACCGAGAAAACGAGCCGGAGCCCAGGCAGGGCCAAGCGAGCGAAAAGCGCCUGGCGGCAGAAGCGCCAGACACGAGAGUCCCGCAACGCUUGCGUGCCGCACACACACCGCGGAAGGAAGCCAACCCGGAGGCGGGCAUCUCGGCACUACCGGGCGAGCAAGGCAGGUGUCACUCUCCUUUUUCAUCGUUUGCUUCUCCUGGACGCGCAGCGAGCUUUUCGUGUUCAGCGGCGCUCAGCCCGACGCGGGCCUCCUGCAUGCGCUCAUCGUCCUCCUCCCCCCGGGGCAGUCCAGCGGGGGUGCCUCAGGCUUCGUCCCUUUCCACGACCCGCGAGCCAGCGGGUGCGGGGUCCCUUCGGGCCUCACUGUCGUCGCCCCCCGCCUGCGCUGUGCGUCUCUGGUCUCCACGCGCGGAGUGCGCGAGCGUUGUCUGCGGCUCUCGCGAGCGCCCAGCCACCGAAUCGCGGGCUCCGCCUCCGCCUUCCCUUCCUUCUUCGCGCUCACGGUUGGCCUCGUGCCUGCCGUGUGCGUCUCUUCGGGGUCGCGCCUCGUCUUUGUGUUCGUCCGCUCCCGCGUCGUAUCGUCUCCGGUCCUCCGCUCCUGUCUCAUCGUCGUUUCUUCCCUCUUCGCCAUCCUCGACCCGCGUGCAUCCGUCUCCUCCGGCGCCCGCCGCACGCGCGCAGGCAGCUGCCGAGGCUUCGUCUCCGCGGCCUCGCCGCGCGCCGCUCCCCCGCGAGGUGCCCCUGUGCGCGUCGUGCCGGCGGCCGCUGGUGGCGCCGUGGUGCCGACCGGUCCUCUUCGUCUCCGCCCGCGUGCAUCCGGGCGAGAGCGGCGCGAGCUGGGUGCUGCAGGGCUUGUUGUCGUUUCUGCUGGGGCCGGAGCCGCGAGCCGCGGCGCUCCGCGAGCACUUUCGAGUCUUUGUCGUCCCCAUGCUGAACCCCGACGGCGUAGUCGCCGGCAACAGCCGCUGCGCGCUGAGCGGCCAGGACCUGAACCGCGUGUGGCGGGAGCCGGACGCGCGGACGCAUCCUGCGAUCUUCUGCGCGAAGGCGCUGCUUCACCAGGCGCAGCUCGACAGUCGCGCACUCCUCUUCCUAGACCUGCACUCGCACUCGACCAAGCUCGACGUCUUCAUGUACUGCAACGCGGAGGAGCAGCCCGUGGAGCCUUCGGCGGGCGCCCCAGGGCGUCUGACAAGCGGCCUCUUGCCUGCGCUCCUCGAAAGCCGCUGUCCGUGGUUCUGUCGGUCAGAGUCUUCGUUCCGGAUGGAGAGGUCGAAAGAGGGCGCGGGGCGAGUGGUUUGCGGGCGGGAGCUUGGCAUCGUGUGUAGCUACACCUUGGAGGCGUCAGUCUUCGGCCCCGCACUUUCAACUACAUGGCCUCUGGCUCCGAACUCGCCUGCGUCAGGCGAUUGCUGGUCGGCGAGCGACGGCUUUUCUUCUGUGAGGCCUGGACUCUCUCGCGAGCAGAUUUCUCGCAAUGCUUUCGCUGCGUUUCCCUCGUCCUCGGCGUCGGCCGCAGGGGCGGCGGGCGUGCCGUCAACGGCCGCGGAGUCUCUCAGGCCCAGGGGGCAGUCGACAUCCCCGCCGUCAUCUCAACCUCUUUCCGCAGUUCCCGGGUCUUCAGAGACUCUCCAGGCCUCGUCCGCUGAGCUCUCCGGUGCUGAGGGACGUCUCGGCACAGCGGCCUUCUCCGCUGCCUUGACGGACCCGGCGGGCGUUGGGCCUUGUCCCUCAGUCAGCCGGGCGUCUCGCGGGAGGCGAAGCGCCUCAGAUGAAGCGGCGGCUGGCGCAGCCGCUGGAGCGCCUUCCGUGUCCUCGUCUCCGGCGUCGGCGUCGACCGCAUCCUCGGCGGGCGCGUCGCGUCUGGACCCCGGAUCCCGCGAGAAGCGGGCGAGCAGUGGAGGCCCGAAGGCCGCGCGGCGCCGACGAGCUGGUCGAGGGGCGUCGCUGCUGCCGCCAGCCACACUAAGCGAGAGUGACGCUUCGCCGACGCAAGAGCGGAAACCCCGUCCCACCGGCGCGGCGAGCGGCGAGGGCGGUGCAGGACCGCGGCCGCCGCGUAGAACCCGCGGAAGAGAGGAAGGGAAGAGAGUCAGGCGGAGGAGCGCGGCGUCGAGCGCUGGCGGCGGCCUCGAUGUUCCAUCCGCCGGUACCGAAUCCAGGGGCGAGCAGCGGCUAGCCUCCGAGUCGGACUGCGAGGGACGAGAUGGCCGGCGAAACGCGCCUGCGGCAGCUGGACUGUCUCCAGGGAUAGUGGAGGAACCUGAAGAGUCGGCGGCGGGACAGCGGGCCCCUUGUUUCUCCGGGCGGCGGCGCGACGCCCAUAGUGCCGCGAGAGCGGGUGUCGCGCGCGGGCCUCAGGUGGCUCAUUUCGUUGCGACAGUCGCGCGACGAGAACGAACUCCCAAAUCCCCUUCUCGAGAGGCGCCCGGCGCCGCGUCGCGCUCGAGGGCCCCUGCGGGCGACAGAAUCGCGGCGCGAGACAGAACGAAUGAGAGCAUGGACCGCGGCCUCGGCGCCGGAGCCGACCUCGGGGCAAGGCAGCCGCCACCCGCAUCCAGUGGCGGAGCUUCCUGGUUCACAGCAGCAGGCUGUGCCCCCGCUGUUUCUAGCGUACAUACGCCUGGCAGCGAACUGCCUGGAGGAGGAAGCGGAGGCGUCAGUGGGUCGCCAGCAGGUGUGUCUGGCGUGGGAAGUCGCGCCGCAACGCGCCAUUUUGAGCCAAACGAUCUGCAGCUGACGGGCUACCUGUUGGGCCUGUCGCUGUACGACUGUUUCACUGUGAUUGAGCAGGAGGCACCGCAGCUGCUUCUGCCUCCGCCGCCUCAGGAGGCGCGAGGGGCCGCGGUCGACGCCGCGACGCAGACGUCCCUUGUCUCCUCCGACGAGGCCACGGAAGGCGGAAAGACGUCGAGGGAACGCGAGGCGCAGAGGCGGAAGAAGCUCGUGCGAGCACCGGGCACGUCUGCCGGUGGCGAGCAAGAGGCGGCAGCCCAGCUGGCGGGCGGGUCAGGUGAAGACGCUGAACAUGAUCUAAACCGCGAGCAGCCGCAGGCGGAAGGAGCGUGCGUAAAAGCGUUGCAUGCCCAGAGAGAAGGCCGCACGAGCGCGGACCUGGAAAGCGAAGCUCCGCGGCCUGCGGAUGCCGAGGCUCAGGAGGCGCCUGAACAGGCGGAAGCCGGGGCCUCUCAAGACAAGAUAAAGGAAUGCCCAGAGUCUGAGAGGACAGCGAUGUCGCUGGCUGCCCUUUCAUUCGAUGCAGACAAAGGCGGUGGCUCGGGAUCCGUCUCCUCCACUCGGGGCGACGACGACACCGGCGUGAUCGGCGGAACUCUCAAACCGGCGCGCACGCGUUCACUGAAUCCGUGGCGAGCUGCGCCUGAGCGUGUGGAAAAGCUCGCGUCCUUCGCCAGCCAACCGACUGCGCAGCCCUUUUCUUCUCCUGCCCCCUCGUCCCUUCCUUCGGCGCCUGCGCCUGUCUCGUCCGCCAUCCUCUCGGCUCUGCGCUUCCUCCAUGAUCAACCGCUGGGGGGGGUGCCGGUCUCCGCCGCGACCGACGGCUUGUUCGCGGCGUCUCCUAGGCCGCUGUCUGCCCCGCAGGACGCCUACCUCACAGGCGGAGGCGUGUCGCGGCAUCCAAGCACGUUUGCUCGCUCAGACUCGCGUUUACUUGUUUCUGGCUGCAGCGGAAAGCGCCGCGAAGGCAUGCGGGCUGGCGGCAAAAGAAGCUGCGAAGCGCGAGGGGCGCCGGGGCCCCAGAGCUGGCAGCCGGAGGGCGACGCGACGCAGGACUGUUUGCCUGUGUCGCGGUCGGUAAAGCGAAGACCGGCAUCCUCCGGCGUCGCGGCGAGUGUCCCCAAGGUCGCACGAAAGAGGCACGAAGCUUCACAACCGGCCGCAGCGGGGCGCGCCGCCGCUGGCGCCGCUGGGGCCCCGCUCGGCUACAUGGAGGCGGGCGGAGCCUCGACAGAGGCUUCCAUGCCUUGUUCUGCGCAGCGAAGCGGCCGUCGAAUUUCGUCUGCUAACCGAGGAGGCGAAAUGCAGAAAGCCCGCAAACGCAACGGCGCGCUUCGCUCCUCGUUGCACGCGUUGGAUAGCUUGACAGCGGCCGUCGCGAGUCUCUUCUCUCCAAGCGGGUAUGGGAGCGCGGGGGCCUUGCCAGAGACCGCUUCGGCGGCGGCGAGCGCCUCCUUCUAUGCUCAAGCCUCCGCGAGUACGCAGACCCACAGCGCCGGCACUCUCUCCUGUGCGGUGAAGCAUUUGGACAGACAACAGCCUGAGGCUGGUUCAUGGGGGCGGGCUGAGGACAUCCAAGGCCUCCCGCAGGAACGCCACGCGCUGGUGCCCUCGAAGAGGCAAGCGACCGGGACGAAGGAGGCGCUGCUAGCCAGCCGCCACCGGAUGGGACAUACGGCUGUCUCGCCGCAUCUGCGUCUCCUUCUCGAGCAGUCGUCGCAGGCUCCCGCAGCCCUUUGUCGAGAAGACGGCAGCCAUGGCGAUGCAGCGCCUGUACGCGGCACGCGAGUCGAGGCAGCGAGUUGCCCUGGCGAGGGCGAAGCCGUGGUCGCAUAUCGCUCGGCGUCGCGCAGCGUGGAGGAUGGGGUGCCGCCAGACGAGACAUCGCCCGGAGCGCGAUUCAGGUUUCCGUCGAGCAGCUCUGUGCCAGGAGUCCAUAGAGGGAGACGCGUCAGUUUGGGGGACGGCGCCUUCGAGUUUUGGCAGCCUGCACCCUCCAACGCCGCCUUCUCUGCCUUCUCAGACAGCGGCGCUGAUGCCUCUCCAGGCCUGGCGGGACGCGCCGGGGGUUUUGGCGGAGACGGGUCUGGUCGGGCCUCCUCCACCCGGCACACAGGGAGCGUGUCUCCCGUGGUCUCCGCAGGCUGCGUCUCUGCGUCGCCGUCGCUCUCCAUCUUCCGCUCUUCCGGAUCCUUCUCCGCGUUGUCCCCUGCGUCGCUGAUUCGCUCGCCACCUGCUGCGGGCGGUCGCACGCGAGGCACCAAAGGGAAGCACGUGAGGGGAGACCGCGCUGCAGCAGGGAGAGGCGAAGAGCUCUCUUGGCCUCCUGUCGGCACUACACUCGCUUUCUCAUCGAACAGUAGGUGCUCCAGCACCGUGGAGCCUAGCCAGCAAAAACGCGGAAAAUGCCAUCAGACUAUGCGCUCCAGAGAGAGCUCGUCUCUCUCCCUCUCGGGAUCGCCCCUCGCCCGACGGCCCUCUAGCCAACGGUCCCCUCCGACCGCAGUCGGAGGGGACACUUUGGGGCUCCAGGCCGGAAGGACUCCAAGAUGGUCAGAGUCACCCGCGACGCAAAACAGCGUGGCUCGCGAGUACGGAGCACGGGAUGCAGGCGACUGUGUUGGGCUUCCGUUCGUCGCACUGCGGCGCGACGGGAGUGGAAAGCAAGUGACGGACGACGCAGGACUGUUUUUCGCUACUGGGAAGGGGAUCUUCGAAGCGCCGAAGCCACCCUGCGUUCUGGCGAAGGCCGUUUCGGCUCCUUCCAGCUUCAGUGCGGGCCUGAAACAGAAGGAGGAAGCUGCCGCAAGCGGCCACAAAACGCGGGACGAAGCGCCCCUGGACUACCACGCUUGGAUGACCAAGUCGGCGUCCGUUGGUAGAGAUCAGAAAUUCGGCAGAGGGCGACGAUGCGUGGGCUUGACGCGGGAGCUGGCGAAGAAAGGAGAAGCGGGCAGGCGGAGGCCCCCGGUGGCUCGAAGCGCGCCAGCAGACCACGUGAAAGAAGUAAAACGGCGGACGCCUUCUUCCGCUUCCGCAAGUCUCGCUGCGCACUCAGAAAGGUGCACACGAGAGCAAAGGAAUCAGGUUCAUCCAGAAGAGACAAGUCGAGGACAUUCCGAUCCGUGUCCCAGAGCAUCACUCUUCUCUGUCGCUGACUGA